AUGGUGCAUACUACAAGUGAAGAUUCAACAAAAUGGAUGCUCGAGAGCAUCGAGGUUGAUCGGAUGGAAGAUGUGCCAAUAAACGAUGAUGGGCAGAAUUUCGUGACAUUUAAGCGAAAUUCUAGCCGUCAGUCUUCAAUCCUCAAGAGAACAUUGAGUACUGCCUCGGAUAGGGGCAAUUCUCAUGCAGAAAGAAAUGUGCCAGGAAAGAUGAUUGAGAGGACAACCUCAAGCGCUGCUAGAGGUCUUAAGAGUUUACGUUUUCUCGAUAGAACAGUAACGAGCAAGGAUUUCGAUGCAUGGAAAUCAAUUGAGAGGCGUUUCAAUCAAUUCUCAGUUGAUGGCAGGCUUCAAAAAAAUAAAUUUGGCAUUACCAUUGGAAUGGCGGAUUCGAAUGAAUUCUCCGAAGAAGUGUUUGAUGCCUUGGCAAGGCGUAGGAAAAUCAAUGCGGAAAAUGGCAUAACACUGGAGGAACUGAAGAUAUUCUGGGAGGAUAUAUCUAAGAAAGAUUUCGAUUCUCGGCUUCAGAUAUUCUUCGACAUGUGUGAUAAAAAUGGUGAUGGAAAAUUGACAGAGGAAGAGGUGAAAGAGGUGAUUGUCAUGAGUGCGUCUGCAAAUAAACUCGUGAAUCUUAAGCAAAACGCCGGGAAAUAUGCCUCGUUAAUCAUGGAAGAGCUCGACCCUCAUAAUCAUGGAUUCAUUGAGAUGUGGCAAUUAGAAGCUCUAUUAACAGGCAAGGUGAACCUCGAAGAUACGGAGAAAUUCAACAAAAGAUCGCAUUCAAUUGCGAAAACCAUGAUCCCGGAAAAAUACAGAACUCCUAUUAGCAGAUUUUUCUCCAUAGCAAAAGAAUUGGCACAUGAAAACUGGAGGAAAAUAUGGGUUAUCACAUUAUGGGCAUUAGUCAAUUUAGCACUUUUCUCUUGGAAAUUUGAGCAAGUAAAGAAAUCAGCAACUUUCCAAAUUACAGGCUACUGUGUCAGUGCAGCAAAGGGUUCUGCUGAAAUACUCAAAUUCAACAUGGCUCUAAUUCUUAUACCAGUCUGCAGAAGAACCCUAACCGCACUUAGAUCAACAUUUCUCAACCAAAUUAUCCCUUUCGACGACAACAUAAAUUUCCAUAAAUUGAUUGCUGCCAUUAUAGCAAUUGCUUCUGCUGUUCAUACAAUCUUCCACCUAACGUGUAACUAUCCGAUAUUGAGUACGUUUCCUCGAGAUAGAUUUAUGGAGAUUGCAGGACCUGCCUUUGAUUUCAGACAACCGACAUACGGGGACUUAAUGCUGACUAAUGUAUCGAUUACCGGAGUUCUUAUGAUCCUCAUAAUGGGCUUUUCAUUCACAUUGGCAAUUCAUAAAUUAAGGAAGAAUGUUAUCAAGUUACCUUGGCCAUUAAACAAUUUGGCUGGCUUCAAUUCCUUCUGGUAUGCACAUCAUUUGCUGGUUUUGGCAUAUCUCCUUCUAGUUCUCCAUGGCUACUUUCUCAUAAUUGAGCAGCCCUGGUUCAAGAAGACGACAUGGAUGUAUAUCAUUGUCCCAGUUUUAUUUUAUGCAAGUGAAAGGAUUAUUUCGCGGUAUCAGGAACGUAAUCAUCGUGUAAACGUCAUUAAGGCAAUAAUAUAUACAGGAAACGUUCUAGCAUUGUACAUUACCAAACCUCCAGGAUUUAAAUAUAAAAGUGGGAUGUACCUGUUUGUCAAGUGUCCAGAUCUGUCAAACUUUGAAUGGCAUCCUUUCUCAAUUACUUCUGCACCAGGAGAUGAUUAUUUGAGUGUUCAUAUUCGAACACUCGGUGACUGGACUUCAGCACUCAAGAACAAAUUUGAAAAGGUUUGUGAACCGCCGGCUGCUUCAAAAACCAAGGGAAGACUAAUGAGAAUAGAAACUAAAGCCACCGGGGAUACGAACAUUGAAGAAUCACAAGCAAGUUUUCCAAAGAUUUUCAUCAAGGGACCAUAUGGAGCUCCAGCUCAAAACUUCAAAAGAUAUGACGUUCUCUUGCUUGUUGGUCUGGGAAUUGGAGCAACUCCAUUUAUCAGCAUCAUCAAAGACCUGCUGAACCACAUCAAGCCAAAUAAUCCUAAAUAUACCGAAAGCGUUCGAUCAGGGACAGGUAAAAAGGGUCCAGAGAGGGCUUAUUUUUACUGGGUAACAAGAGAACAAGGCUCAUUUGAAUGGUUUAAAGGAGUCAUGGAUGAUAUAGCAGAAUAUGACAAAACUAACAUGAUAGAAAUGCACAACUACUUAACUAGUGUUUACGAAGAAGGAGAUGCCCGGUCUGCACUCAUUACCAUGGCUCAGAAGCUUCAUCAUGCCAAGAAUGGAGUUGAUAUUGUCUCGGAGAGCCGGAUUAGAACACAUUUUGCUAGACCAAACUGGAGAAGGGUAUUCACUCAAAUGGCUAGUGCAUAUCCAUCUGCUCGGAUAGGAGUCUUCUAUUGUGGAAGUCCUACACUUGUCCAGACACUUAAGAAGCUUUGCCAAGAAUUCAGCUACAACUCAACAAAUAGAUUCUACUUCCACAAGGAGAAUUUUUGA